AUGAUCCUCACGGACUCUCGCGGGGCUCUGUCGAGGCUAAACAAUCGUUAUGAACACUGCCCUCUCUCUUUCAGAGCACACCAGAAGCUGCAGCUCCUCCUGGCAUCCAGUCACCGCAUCGUGCUGCAGUGGAUCCCAUCCCACAAAGGCAUCCCCGGCAACGAGAUGGCGGACUCCCUGAGCAAGCAGGCCACCACCAAGACCAUGGUCCGACAGGCACCAUCUACCACCAGCCAGGCUAAGAAGCGCAUCGCCCUCCACGUGCGCGCUUCCAGCCGGACAAACCCACGGCGGAUGGGACAGCACCCCCACCCUGCAUCACACCCGGCCUAA